CGAUAAACCCUCUCAAGUUCCUGAGACGAAAUGGUUAUCGAGACCCAAUCCGCGUUAUAUGCCCAAAACCAAAAAUGGGGUCUGUAAAAAAAAGCUAGGGUUUCUCCUAGCCGAUGGCAACGCACCGGACUGUGGUAAAUCCAAACGUGUACGAAUAUAAAAAAUGGAGGCGUGGUGUUUCAAGCUGCCUUCGUCGAGUGAAACGGGUUGUGAUAAAUGGGAUGAACCCCAACCUCCUCCCAUGAUCACUGCUAUUCAUGAAUGGGAAGUGAGUGUACAAGUCUUCCUUACUUGGCCAAAUCUUAUAUCCCAAGAUGGGUUGAGUUUUAACAGUUCAGUUAUGGGGGAAGCCGCCGGAAAAGCUUGCCUAGCCCGGAAAAAUGGGGUGCCGUUGCGUUUUCCGAAUAUGGAACGUUUUAUGUUUCGGGUAUAGGACAGUAAAAUCAAUCUCUAGGAUACCCUAAUCCUGGAUUUUGUGGCCGGUUUAGGGGAUUUUCUAUACAUCUAUAUCCUUAAACAAGGGGUUGGGGGAUUAAGGAAUCUAAGAGUCCUUUUUUCUAAACAAUGUCAAAGAAUCCUACUCCAAUUGGGUCGUCUUAUGUCCAAGGAAGUCAUGGCUAUGCCUUUUAUUUAAUACAGUGCCCCAACCUGCCUACUCUCCUAUCGCAUAAACGAAGAGAGUUGCAGUCGACCGUGGAAAGAAGCACAUCCCCUCUUAGGCUACGACAUCACCCUGGUACGUGGAGGAUUAAUGGUUUCGACAUAACUCUCCCGAUCUGGAUCGAUGCUACCCUUCUUGGCAUCUUUUCUUACUCAAUCUCUUGCUUCCCGUGGUCGCCCGUAGAGAAUUUGAGUUGUAUGAUUGUUGUAGGUGAUCCUCAUAUGCUGUCUUUUUUGCGGGACACCACAAUGACGCAUGUCACAAAGGAUCAAGUUGUGCAAAUCUCCUUGGAGGAGAUCCAAUCGGACAAGGUUCGCAAAUCCAUGAUGCUGCUGGGUCGCCUCUUCACCGACAAUCGAGUUACUACUACAGAACUACGUGAGUCGGUGAACAACCCUUGGCAAGGACAGGGAAGAAUAAAGGUGCGGAUGGCAGCUCACGGAUUGUUUGAGUUCGUGCUCCCUAAUGAGGCUGGCAAAACUUGGGUGCUCCAACACACGCAUUGGGUGAAUAGAGAUAAAAUUCUUCACCUACGAGCAUGGACCCCAGUUGUCACUAAGCGUUCGUUUGACGAGCUCGCGAUAGCUCCAUUCUGAGUCCAAACGUGGGACGUACAAGAAGAUUGUUGUACCCAGCAAUUUGGAUGGAAAGUGGCGAAUGCUACCCUCGGCCGAGUUUUGGAGGCAGGUGCGUUUUCUUGUAAUGACACGAAUCGCUACCUCGUUAAGGUUAAGGCUCAUAUUGACUUUCCAAACCAUUGCAGUCUCAAAUCACGAUUGCCAAUGAUGAGACUGACUACUUCUAGAUUAGCUUGGAAUAUGAGCACCUACCAAGCUUCUGUUUCAAUUGUGGAAGGGCAGGCCAUUCUUUUUUUCUUCCGUGCCUGUAUUUUCGAUCCCCCAUCUAGAAAGGAGAGGUUUGGUCCUCACAUGAGCCGGAGGCCGAUUUUGAGGCUGAACUGCUGGUGCUUAACUUGGAUGAUGUCCAGUCUGAUAACCAGGAGCUAGAGGAUUCUAAAGUGACACUAUCUACAGAGGAUAACAAUCUUUAUGAGUUAAAAAGAUGUGUUCCCAUAAAAACAAAAACAUGGGACGUCAGGCUAAGUCAGGGAGGGUGAGCCAAGUGGUUAAGGCUUUCGAAACCAGGCUAGUUAUGGAUGACUCCGGUUUGGGUAAAGGAUUCCGCAAGCCUACGUACCCCUCGUUGAAGAAGAGGCUAGAGAUGGUGAAAUCUAAGAAUGAGGCGGUGCUGCAUGAUCUCAAUGAAUAUGAAACUAAUUUUUUUAUCCUGGUGUUGGGGGUAAAAAGACGUGCUCUUGAUGAAAUUGAUGGUGAAGUUGCCGAGACCCCCACUGCAGAAAAACGAUUUGUGGGAGAGAAUGAUGGUACUGAUAAGGUGGAGGAAGCCAGCCUUGAAUGGCCCCACCCGGAUAAAUGAGGCUGAUGGCUUGGAAUGUGAGGGGAAUUGGACCAUCCCUCACAUUCCAAACUGUAGUAGGUUUAAUUCGCUCGAAUAAAUCGGACCUUGUCUUCCUAUCGGAAACAGGAUUGAGCCAGACAGUAGUUUCCCGUCGGAUUCGGGGUUUGGGGUUUGGGAUUUCUAAUUUUUUUUGUUGAUGUUAUUAAUGCAUCGAGUGGGUUAAUUGUAGGGGUGGGCAACCAGUUCGGUAAACCCGAACCGAAUCAAACCAAACUGAAACCGAAUUAAUUCGACCAACAAAUCAAAUCUAGUUUUCUGAAAGAUGUGAUGCCAAGCUUUUUGGAAAGCUAUGUCCACUUAAUUUUAAUAAAUGUAUACGUUGCAUGGCAAUAUUGGAACUUGGCUGUUAGCCUAAAAACAAUGCACGUUUUCAUUGUUCAAGUUUAGUGGCAAGAAACUCAUGUUUAUCCUUGCGGUUUGGAAAUUGGGAUAAAGAAACACAUUGUUUGGCUAAAUAAUAUUUCAUGGACGGUCAUGAACUUUCAUGGCAACGUUUCAUUGAAAUGAAAUUAUGGGUUUGGCCAAAACCUUGGCAUUCACGGUUUUCUCCCAACCGCCACAAAAUUGAAAGUUUGCAGCUUUUCAAUGUUAACCCUUCGUAUCCUAUAAAUAUAUGUGGUGGGAAUGUGGAAAAAACACACCAAAAAAUUGAUUCUUCUUCCUACUAAACUUCUAAGUAUGCUUUAGGUACUUAAGCCUGGAACCUAAAGUGGUGAUAGUUUUAUCCUACGAAGAAAUUUCCUGUAACCCUAGGCUUGUUGAGGGUGGAAAUAUUCUUUCCGGAAAGUGAACGUUGUUCACGACUCUAUCAUAAUCCUGGUCACCCGGUCUCGGGCUAUCGUACGUGUACCCUUGUCCCUAAAAGUCCCAACACUGGUAAGGCAGACAUUGUCAUAGAUUUCUAUCAACAUCUCUUUACCUUGGGAAAUCAAGUGUUGAACUUAGAAGAGCGGGUGGCUAAUCUGCCGGUUGCUUUAGCAAGAAUAUCCGCUCCUAUUUGUGAUAUGCACAGAGGUUUUUGAGGCCCUCCUUCGUCAAGCUAUAUCCAAGGGGAAAUUAGAAGGGGUCAAAGUUGUCCCUAGAGUGCCUUGGAUCUCGCAUAUGUAUUUUGCAUAUGAUUCUUAUUUACUUCUUCGAGGAUCUCUACAGGAAUGUGAGAAUUUAAUUGAGGUUUUAAUUGAAUAUGAAGAGCUCAGUGGGCAAAGGGUCAAUUUGGAUAAAUCGGCUGUUUGCUUUAGCAAGAAUAUGGCUCUACUUGAUAAAGAGUUCCUAGCUCAAGUUCUGAGUGUGGGGGCUGUGGAAGUCUAGGAUAAAUACCUGGGGCUGCCUACACUCAUAGCUCAAUCAAAAAUGGCAACAUUUCAAUACUUGGAGGAAAAACUGUUAGAUCGUCUUGAGGGAUGGAAGCAGCGGACUUUGUCGUGGGCAGCUAAGGAGACUUUGAUCAAAUUAAUUGCUCUCGCUCUGCUACUUCGUGUUAUGUCAUGUUUCAUGCUACUGCUAUCGCUCUGUCGUAUCCUAAAAAGACAUAUGGCUAGGUUUUGGUGGAGUGUUCAGGACGGUCAGGGUAGGAUAUGGUGGAUGUCCUGUCAAAAUAUGUGUCGGAGUAAGCAUGAAGGGGGAAUGUGUUUUCGCCGUUUUGAACAUUUUAAUCAGGCUCUCCUGGCAAAGAUUGAAUGGUGUAUCCUUCAAGAGCCCCAAUAACUUUUAGCCCAAGUUUAUAAAGGGGAAUAUUUUCCAAAUGAAAAUUUUCUCAAUGU